AUGCUGCUGUCCGGCUCCUCCCGGAGGGACGCCGCCGGCCGCGGCCGUGCGGCGGCGGCGGACGCGGACGCUGCGGAGCGGCAGCGGUCGGUCCGGGAGCGGCUGGAGGCCACCGUGUCCGGCCUCGGGGAGCUGGAGUUCCUGCGGCAGCGGCAAGAGCUGCUGGUCCGGGCGGCGCUGGAGCUCCGGGAGGAGGAAGAGGAGGAGGAGCAGCAGCGGCGGAGGGAGCUGAGCUCCGAGGAGAAGCUGCUGGAGGAGAACAUCCUGCUGCUCCGGAAACAGCUGAACUGUCUGAGGAGGAGGGACGCUGGUCUCAUCACUCAGCUGCAGGAACUGGACCGACAGAUCAGUGACCUGCGAUUGGACACCGAGGCAUCACAUGACCAGCUGGAGACGGACAGCCGACCGAGCUCAGGUUUCUACGAGCUGAGUGACGCCGCGUCUGGUUCGCUGUCCAACUCGUCCAACUCGGUCUUCAGCGAGUGUUUCUGCUCAACGGCCGACUCCGACGGACGCCUCCCGUCCACAGAUGAGCGGUCCGGCUGUUUGGAGUGCGACGAGCUGCUCGGAGGACUCUGCGAUGAUUCGUCCUCCUUGGCUACAGUCCGCCGCUCGCUGUCGGCUCCUCACCCGCCCACCGUGGACGUUGACGCCCAGUCUAAGUACCACUGCGACCUGGUGGCCCGAAAUGGCAGCGAUGUCUACCGCUACCCGAGCCCGCUGCACGCCGUGGCAGUGCAAAGCCCGGCCUUCCUGCAGGUGCUGGGUCACGGCAGAGACGAGGCUGGAGGUGACGGCCUGAAAACAGAAGCCUCCCCUCCUGCUCCGGUUUCAGCCCCUCCGGUGCCACAGAGCUCCUCCUGGCCCGCCUCCUUCUCCUCCUCCCAGAACCCUCCCCUGAAGCGACUGGACAGCUACAUCUUCAGCCUGCUGCAGCGACGGGCCCAACCCGUCAGAACCAGCCGGCCCCGGACCAGUAUCAGCACCGACCCCUCGAAGAGCAUCCUGAGGCAGGCCAGUCUCUGCAUGAGGCAGACGUCUAAUUCUGGUUCUGGUUCUGGUUUAGGGUCUGACCUGAAACCUUGCUGGCCGGCUGCAGGAGCAUCAGCAGACUUUGCUGCUUCGUCUCCUCAGAGGUCUGUGGAAGUUAAAGGUGACAAUCAGGAGACUCUGAGUGCUGACGUGAUGCCAAACGGCUUCCAGAUCAGCAGCAGCGAUGUUGCAUCUCCCCGCAUCAACAACGACAUGAACACAAGCAGCCUCCUGAGGAAGAAGAGCAAAGGCCUUGUUCCUCACCCAGCAGCGUCCACCGCAACGCUGCCGAAGGACUUCAGGGGACUGGGCACGCCCAGAGCUAGCUCGGCCCCCAAGCAACCAUGUUGCCCCCCGGCACAGGAGCAUCUCCCUCCAAUCAUUAAAACCCAGACAGGUACUCCGAAGAACAGCCCCAAACCGGAGACGGGUGAGCGGUUGGUGCCGGAGCUCGCCAGUCUGGGCUCCUCCUCCCAGAGUCAGGAUGAGGCGGGAGGGAGUCACAUGGUCAACGGCAGGUACGUCCCUGCCCAGCAGGAAGCCGUCAAGGUCCGCAAAGGCGGCAGCAAGAACGUAAAGACUGUCAAGGUGAAGACAAGUCGGGCGUCUGAACGCAGUGAGCCGCCGUCAGAGAGAAAAGUUGAUAAAUCCCAGCGCUCUAAAAAGCCCCGCCUCCUGGACGACGGAGGUGUCGCCCCCAUCAGGGUGUCCAAGAAAGGUGCUUCGUCCAGAAUGAAACGGCUUCCUGCCUCCAUCCCAGAAGGCCGAGUCCUGGACAAGCAUACCAGCAGCGUGCGAUCAGGUGCAUCCAAGCACCAUCACCAUGGACACCACCAUCACCACAGCAGCAACCACCACCAUCAUCACCACGGACGUGAUCAGGUCGUGGUUGUCGCUAAGCCGAAGCACAAGCGGAACGAUUACCGGCGGUUGCGUGCAAUCAUGGAGAUGCCAUACGACGAGGCGUUCAGGCGCGCUCAGCGGCGGCAAAGGAAGGAGCUGCUGAGUAUCUCUGCCGCCAACGGUUACCCCGCGUCCUCCGAGGCGCCGCUGAGCAGCCCGUACGCUUACAUCGCAGGAAGCGACUCGGAGUAUUCAGCCGAGUGCGCGUCGCUGUUUCACUCCACCAUAGUGGACACCAGCGAGGAUGAGCGGUCUAACUACACCACGAACUGCUUCGGAGACAGCGAGUCCAGUGAGGAGGAGGAGGUGGAGGAGAGCACCACCACCAGCGACACUGAGGAGAGCGGCGGUGGCGGGAUGGGCAGGGGCCGAGGGCAGUCGAGGGCAGCUGGGGUCAGGGCGGCGGGGCAGGAGGCGACUCAGGCGAAGGCCUUCGUCAAGAUCAAGGCGUCUCACAACCUAAAGAAGAAGAUUCUGAGGUUCAGGUCGGGGUCGCUGAAGCUCAUGACCACCGUGUGACAUGUCAGGUGCCUUAAACCCUCACUGCCGGUGCACCUGAACCAAGAACACUCUUCUGUGUUGACAUUUCAACCGAACUUCUCGAGCUCGAACCACAAAUUCAAACCGGUCAUCCACGUUUUCAAGGCUCAACAAGAAAACAAACUCACCUGAUGGAACCUCUCAGUGUCUUCAGCUUUCACCCAGGAGGUCUUCAAACAGCAGUCGAGUCCAUCUGAACCACCCAGUGCUGGGUUUUCUUCCUCACUGUGAUGUUUAAAUGCUCAAAACCAAAUUUCUAAAUUUACCUGAAUGUGAAUCAGUUUUAAUUUUCAAUUUGUAAAACUAAGGACGUAACUUAACCCCAACCAGUCUCUGCAUGUUGUCUUUUAUUUUUAUGAGUCCUGCACCUCAAUCCACAUACUGUAGAUACUAUAGGUAUUUAGCUAUUCACAUUCUCCAAAGUCUACCUUCUUCUCUGCUCUGCUCAUCAGACGUAGAAAGAUGUUCCACCAUCAGCUGAAUGGAUCUUACAACAACCUACUCCUCUGUAUACUGUUUUUGAGUCAUUUACUUUAUUGAUCCAGUCUGUUUUAUUCUUCUUUCUGUUCUGAGAAAACACUGCCUGCAGUUCACCUGAACACUGAAUUUUUGAAAGUUCAACUUUUUUUAAUUUAAUUUUUUAAGUUCCUGUCUGAUAAAUGUAAAUAUUUCAAUAGUUUGGUCCUUCUUGGGGUUCACAGAGUUGAAGCUCAAACAGCACUGGGUUGUUCACCUGGACCUUCACUUUGAAGGUUCUGUAUUAAUACUCUGAAGUUCCAAUGCCCCAAACCCAGUUCAGCUUGAACGAGUCAACAUGGCUGCCUGAACAGUAUCAUUGAUCACUUUGUUUUUAAAUCAGUGGUUUCAUCCAAAUGCAUCAAAGUGUAUCUCUGAGAUUCCCACAAACGGAGCAUAAGAUGCGUUUUGUAUAGAUGGGAAAGUCUGGACUUUAGGUUUAGCCAAUCAAAUUGGCAUCCUUCACGUCCCUCUUUCUUUCCUGGUCAUCAAGUGCCUCGGCCAACAGACCCAGAAACAGUCUGCUUCAAACAAACGUUGUCCAACAAAGUGUCGCAGCGUCUUCCUGAAUCAGGGCGAAUAAACCUCCUGAAGGACUACAGGCCACAGAUUUGUCCCUGCUGACCAGAAACCAAGUGGAACUCCAUCCAUCCAUCCAGUGACUGAAUAGCUGAUUAAAUGAGUCGUUCUUAACAGUUCUCUGGCAACAGUUUGUCCAAUGUGAACAUCUGCCAGUUUCCUAGCUCUCUGUGAUAGAACGUUUCUGACCAAAGCUUUUUGUAUGUGUUAAUCUGAGGACAAGCACCAGGUCCCUCUGCAAGACUAGAACCACAAGACGGAUCAAACUCAGUGAUGCAAAUUCCAAAUAAAUUUGCAAGUAACCAAAUUAGCUAGACCCAAAUGGUGUUGUUGUUUGUAAACCACCUUAGUCCUUGCUGCAUCCUGCCGCCUCCUUCGUUGUGGUAAUAGGCAACACUGAAGCACCUUCCAAAACCAAACGCUCCAAGGUGGCUUCUUCAUUUCAAAUGUACUCGCUCACGUCUUUAAACAAAUGUGUGCGUUCAGAAUCACAAGCUACCCCGUCUGCUGUACAGCAAACUGGGCUCGGCAGGAACUGUUGGUUUCUGAGAAGCUUUGCAAAACGAGCAUCUGGUUUUGUAUCUCAACGUGGAUCUGCGGACAGUUCAAGACUCGCCUGUGUUCACACCUCAGUUGUUGUGAAUCCGCCCUCAGAAAGGAGGUUUCAGACACUGCUGCCCAACGUUUGCUUGAAGCACACUGGGGCUUCUCGUGUUGCUGUUGGACCCUCUGGUCUCUGGUAGAACUGGUCUCUGGUUUGUUUCUUUAUGCAGAAGCUGUCUGAGAUGUUUCUGGAUCCGUGUUUCCACUAAGAGUCCCAGAACUUUUUAUUUCCGGGGAUUAAAAGGUGUCUUUCCACUGCAGGAACUCAGCGUGAUCUGACGUAAACGUUUACAGGAGUGUCCUGUCAUCAGCCCUUCUGGUUCCAACAACUUUGAAUGCAACAUUGACUCCAAGUGCACCAAAACAGCAACACAUAGCAGCAACAUAACUGCUGAAAACUGAGCUGAAGGAGGUUCAGUUGCUGCAGUCAGAAGGUCCAAGUUGCCAUAAAAUAGCCCACGAGUUCCUGCAGUGGAGAACAACUUAACGUCCAGAACUCUACAAGGUGCUAAAGGUUCCUUUGGUUUGUGUUAUCUUCAUGAUCUGAAGCCUUGUGAUGAUGUGGCAAAUUAGUUGUAGACCCUCAAAUUCCUGUGUAAUCUUCAAGGCCUGGACUUCAGUCGGCUAAUCAGAUGAUUUCUUCUGCAGCUCCAUGUUGGUGUGUCAAAGCUCAGUGAGCCAAAACCAAAUAAACCUGUUUGCAGCUGCAGGUUUUUAAAAAUGUUGAUUGUUAUGCUGGAGAACCACGACAGUGUUCGACUAAACUGAAAGUUCCUUAAACGUUCCUCUGGUGGCGCUGUGUUUGGUUCCUUCGAUGGGAGCGCUGGUUCCUCGGGUGGUUGUUUGUCCACAGUGGAAGCUCCCGUGAUGGAUCGGCUGGAGUCGGUCGGAGGGUUUGGGUCGGAUCUCGCUGCAGUAAUGGUUUUUUAUUUCCUGCACUUUGAGACAAAGCGACAGGACGGACGCUGUUGAUCUGUUGUUUGUAUGUAGCCUUACUUUGUAUUUAUUAUCACUUUGCCCUUUGCUGUUUCCCAGCACGCCAAACACGUGUACAUGCUUCUCUUUUUUUUUUUUUAGACUGUCCUGAUUUAAGUUGUUAUUUUUGAUGAAAGCUAUUUAAAACCUAAUAUAUUUGCUUGGUACAUAUAGAAACCACACAUGGUACUAACUGAGGCCGACUGGUCUUCACCUGCCGUUUGUUCACACAAGUAUGACAUGUUGUCUUUUUUAAUACUGUUGCACCAUUUAUACAGCAUUUAGAUGUUUCAACUUUUGGUACAAUUUGCCUCCUACUUUAUGAUCAGUGACCUGUCUCUCCAUUUUCAAAAUUAGAAAUGCAGCCGAUGGUUUUGUUCGUUUCGACCAGGACGGAUGCAGCAUGAACACAUUCGCUAAACGCGGUUGAAACUUUGGCAAAGUGCAGUCUGGAUGUGUAAAAUCCACCAACCGAGCUCAGUGCGGUUCUGUGUUUACCUUAAAUCAUUUAAGAAGGAGUCCAAGAGUUGGUAAAAUUCAAAUUAUGUUUCUUCUCUAAUUAGUGGUAUCAGAUGGGUAUCAGCUCGGUCUCGUCCGGGACACUAAGACUGUAGGUCAAAGACAUGUCUAGCAUGUCUUAGCACAGAUUCUGGAAGUGAGUUGAAACUGCUGAGCAGCAAAACAGCUGGCCGGCCAACGUUAGGUGUUAAUGUCUUUUGUUAGAUGUGUACAGCUACAUAUACGAUCUACAGGUUGUUCACGUACGACAUCUUAACUCAACCAAAUAUCAUGAAGCGUUUUUACUGAAAAGAUAAAGAAACUGAUUGAUGGACACCCGUAUCAGCUCAGCCUAGUUUGGCUUUAAAGCUUUAACCAGGAGGCAAAGUGUUGGGGUUAUACUUACUUGUUAGCAUAUAGCACCAGCAGCGUACAGACAGUGAGAAUAUGAAAUGUAAGCUAGCUAUGUCUAGCUAACUGCUGUGGUACCAGGAUGUGUUUGGUCAAGAAGAAUGGAAACAAGGGAAACUGAAAUGAUAAAGAAAUUUGUGUCGGGUCCAGGAUGUGUUUGGAUUAAUUUAGGUGAAAGCAGGGACCAAGUGUUGGUGUAAUUCUAGCUAGUUAGCAUAUAGCACCAGCUAAUAUGGGCAGUUAGCAUGUUAAAUAGUAUAGUUGUUGUUACUAGCGAACUCUUGUUACAGCAGGAUGAUGUUAGCUUAGAUCAGCAAAGAGACUGGAGAUGAAGCAAAGCUAAUGGCUUAGCUUCACUGAACAUAAUGAGUUUUUGCUGAAAAGAAAAAGAAAAGAGAAGCUCAGGACGUCCAGAGAUUACCUUUGAGAAACGUCUGGCAGAACCAGGCUUAAGGAGGCCUGAUGUCUGCCUCAACUGGUUAGGGUGACGGGAGAGAGGAAAGAAUGGUAGAGACAAAACAGACUUUUGUUGUGUUACUAGGUUGUCUUUAGCCUUGUUAGCUGAAAGCUAAAGCUAACUAGCUGAUGUUGUUAUGGGAGUAAAAGCUAAUCUGGUGCAAACUGAUGCUGUAUGUUUGGUUCAGCUUAGCUGGAUGAAAUUCCAGCCUAGCUCCAAAGUUUGUCAGCAUGCAAACAUGUCGACUCUCGAAGCUAACACAAGUUAGAAUUUGGGCUUUUGGAAGUCAAUUAAACUAUCAUUGAACUGUCAGAACACAAUUUGUGCACUAAAGUUAGCAUCAGUUUGCUAGCUGUUGCUAACUUUUUUAACCUGUGCUUCCACUCUUUGUGUUAAGCUAGGCUAAAUCUGGCCUCGGCCUGCUUUGCCUCUGGUCUGGACACCGGUCUGAUAUCCAUCUUCUGAUUCUAGGACGACACUAAACGAGAGAAUUUCACUGAAUGUGAGGAUUUUACAUUUAAACUGCAGAUGUUCUCGUUGGUACUUAACGAACCGCCUUAACUUUACAGUUCUGUGGAAACUCUUUGAAUUCAUUGUUCUCGUCUAUUCUGGGCUGAGUUUACACAUUCCUGAUAUAAAUAGAUCCCGUGAAGCUUUAAAAAGCCACAGAAAGCUCCUUCACAGCUGUCGCAUGCCGCCUUUCCGUUGAGCUAUUUUUAAUUUUGUCUGACUUUGAGCUUUUUUUCGGGCGCCGACACAGUUUGCAUUAAAAUCCGAGACUCGGUUCUGAGUGUUAAACGGCCACCAACCUAUAAACCCAAAGUAAGACUUGACUCCUCCUAAGGUUGAACCACCGACGCUGAUCCGACUCUGUAAAUGUUCACAUAUGCAACUAUAGCUGACUGUUACUGACCUGUGUGUAUAUAUCACGUCUGUGUAUGCCAAUAACGGUGCUUAACCUUUUUAUGCUUCAUUAAAUGUGGACUUUAACAUA